AUGACAGAAAAUAUGAUCUCUAUGUUACAUCUGGUCCGAAUCAUCAAUAUAUUAUUGGGUGAAUAUGUCGUCGAUGAACCAACUACAAUAGUGGAGACACAAUGUGGACCAGUGGAAGGUAAAUAUAAUGGUCAAGGAUACGCAUUUCGUGGAAUUCCUUAUUCACUUCCACCCACGGGGAAUAGACGAUGGAAACCGCCGAUUCCACUCAACAAACAAGCUGGAAACUGCUGGGAUGGCAUUUUCAAGGCUUAUGAUUAUGGAAAUACAUGCACGCAGAGAAACAUGAAGAACCAUACAGACAUUAUAGGAAGUGAAGAUUGUCUAUAUCUCAACGUUUGGACGCCUACCAUCAAUAAAAGUGCUAACCUGCACGUGAUGGUCUGGAUCCAUGGAGGAAGUUUACAAGAAUUGAACGCAAAUUGGCCAACUUACUGCCCAUCGGAAGAACUGGCUCGUGACACCAACAUCGUUUAUGUAGGUAUGAACUAUCGUCUCAAUGCAUUUGGUUUCAUGUCCCUUUCCUUGUUAUCGGAGCAGUCAAAGACCAACACGUCAGGCAACUAUGGAUUCAUGGAUCAAAUUCUGGCCCUGAGAUGGGUUCAGGAUAACGUGAGAAACUUUGGCGGAAACCCAGACUCGGUCACAAUAUUUGGACAAAGUUCUGGAGGAACCAGUAUCGUUGCAUUGCUGGCUUCAGAGCAAGCCCGAGGAUUGUUCCACAAAGCGUGGAUGAUGAGUGCUUCACCGAUCUUCAACAAAACAUCCCAUGACGCUUCACAAGAUAAUCUUGUCUUCUUGGAAAACACCGGAUGUACAGAUAUACAUUGCCUGUAUAACCUCUCUGGCACAGAGAUCACAAAAGCAGUUCCCUGGGAUGUGUACCCGUCCUGGGGAAUGACAGACCAAUGUGACCUCCCGAUAAAAGGUCAAUUUGAUGGCGCCGUAGCUGUUGUAGACGGAGACGUUGUGACUUAUCCUCCGUACCAGGCCUGGGAGCAAGGUCUCGCUAUAGAUGUCCCGUUAGUUAUCGGAACAACUACAAAUGAGAUUGAUUUCUAUCCAUCCCUUUUGACCAUGAGCACGUGGGAUUGGAGUGAGUACAAAAAACAGGUCAGUCAUCAUUUAACAACAUUCGGAGCUAACCUCGAUGAAGAAGCCUUGCGAUUUUAUCCAAUCAAUGCAUCGUCACCAGAAUAUGAGUACACGAGUAUGGCAAGCGAUAUACGUGUAGGAUGUCCUACUGAUUAUAUGGCAAGGGUGAUAAGCACGGGUAUGAAUUCACCGGUCUUCCGAUACGUCGUGACGUCACAGCCUUCGAAACCCGUUCAUGCAUUGGGAUAUUCCUUUCCUUCGUCGUAUUCCUUUCAUUUAUGGGACAUCUUUGCAUAUUUUGAUACUAUCAAAGAUUACAUCAAGCCUCCAGCUUCAUCUGAUCGGAGUUUUCAGGAGACCAUUAGGCGCGAAAUUCUGUCCUUCGUCCGAACAGGUGCGCCCUUUACCAAGAGCUGGCAGCCAUAUUCCCAUGGCGUGACAUCACUUCUGUCCGAGAAUAUUUCCGUUGUCUCUAACUAUAAAAAAGAAACGUGUAAGUUUUGGUCCCAGAACGGAUUGUUUUCGUAUGGGUGGAUAAACUGAAUGUUUGAUAUAUUCAGAAUAUUUUAAAACUUUCAAAAUCUGCUUUGAAAUAUAUCAAAUUAGUAUUGUAAACAUUUAUUAAACAGACUCUAAUGCUGGAUAUCCUAUGUCAAUGCUUUGGUGCGUUCACAUCUGUGUGCAUAGACGAAGCUUGUACUAUAUAUAAUGGGGAAAUAUCUUCAUUUCCCACUGCAAUGAGUGAAGCUACCUACUGCCCAAUGAUUCAAUUUCCUUUAAUUUACAACACUGUCUUAUCCACGUAAUAACAAAAGGGAAAAACACAUACAAGGAAAGACCGUAUCUCCAUUAUAAACAAAAUGUUCCAUAUUUGUAUAACAUUUCAAUAAAGAUAUAUUGAUUUUAAA